GAGCCCCGCCCAACGGCGAUGGGCGAACGGCAGCGGCGGGAGGCGGCAGCAGCGGGGGGCGCGGUGGCCGCUCCGCGCUGAGCCCGAGCGGCCCGGCCCGACCCCAUCCCGAGCCGGUGCCAGCAGCAGCCGCAUGUCGGGACCCGGAGCGCAGAGCCGCAGCCGGCGGCCGCCCGGAGACAUGGAGCAGGCACAGCGGAACCUGGAUGCAGAGCAGAUGCAACAGCAGCAGCUGAAGCUACGGGACCGGCAGAAGUUCUUUGAGGAGGUUUUCCAGCAUGAGGUGGAUUUCUUCUUCCCCAUGUCUCACCUGCAGAUAGAGCAUCGAAGACCCCCCCUGGGCAGCAUUUCCUCCAUGGAGGUGAACGUGGACAUGCUGGAGCAGAUGGACAUGAUGGACUUGUCAGACCAGGACACAGUGGAUGUGUUUCUGGGGUGUGGGACAGAAGAAAGCAGCAUUGCUGGGUCUUUGCCAGGGGCAGAUGCCAGCCAGUGCCCAGAGGAAAUCACCCUGCAAGUGCCCAGUGCAGCUGAGAGCAAGUCACGCAUCUCAUCCACAUCCUCUGUCUCCACGGAUCUGAACAGCCUGGAUACCAGUGAGGAAGGGGCUGAGACCCCUGUGGUGCAAUCGGAUGAGGAGGACCUGCAGGAGGACAGUCCCAAAGACCAGGUGGCAAGGAGCUAGCAGCUGGCUCUGCCCUGCUCUCAGCCUCCUCUGCACGGACCUGCCAGCCCCGGGGAAAGAAAGCUGCUGGCACUCAGUAAGCCCCAUCCUGGACUGCUGCCCUAUAGGAGAGAUGAUUUUCCCCUCCUCUUCCUCCACAGAUUCUCCUGGCAGCCAAAAGAGAAGGAAAGGGGUAUUUGUAGGCUACCAAAACUAACUCUUCAGACUUUGCUGCUAACAUUCCCUGCUUCACUCCCCAAAUGCUCAGCAUUCCACAGCUCCACUAUACCUCAAAAGCCAUCCCUUGGGAGCCCAGCUCCUCUUAUCCUACUGACAAAGGUCCUGUCCAGACAAGCACUUAACGACGGCAUACAGAGAAAUAACACUCCAAUCUAAAGAA